AUGCAUCUUCACGUUUCGAUAUGGUCACUAGUUCUUCCACUCAGUGCUGCCAGCCAUUCUCAGCGACACAUUUCCCAUGACGUUGCCAUCCCUACAGUGAAGAUCGCUAUAAAUGCUUCAACACGAUUUCAAGUCAUUGAUGGUUUUGGGGUAUCAGAAGCAUUCCAACGCUCUGCACAGGUGCAUGGCAAAGCCGGGCUCUCGGAGUCGAACCAAAGAAAGGUACUAGACUAUCUCUUCAGCAACGAGGUCGGCGCUGGUCUCACAAGUUUGCGCAAUGGAAUUGGAUCGUCGACAUCUUACAUUCGCGACUUUAUGAAAUCGAUCGAGCCAACAGAUCCCGGAGGGCCUAAUGCAACCGCGAAAUACGAAUGGGAUGGGGACGACGGCUCUCAGGUCUGGUUGACAAAGGAAGCUCUCAGAUAUGGCGUGAAAUGGGUCUAUGCCGAUGCUUGGUCUGCUCCCGCGUACAUGAAGACAAAUGGCAACGACUCGAAUGGAGGCUCUAUCUGCGGCGUGCAAGAAACAUUUUGUGCAUCUGGAGACUGGAGACAAGCGUACGCGAACUACUUAGUUCAGUACAUACGGUUCUACAAAGAGAAGGAGGGGAUUGCAAUAACUCAUCUCGGAUUCUUGAACGAGCCGGACUUGAAUCAGACGUAUGCAUCUAUGCAGUCAUCUGGCUUCCAAGCUGGAGACUUCCUCAAGGUACUCGCACCAACUCUCAAGGCUUCUGGCUUCGAAGAUGUACAAAUAGUGUGCUGUGAAGCAACAGGCUGGAAUGAUGGAGAAGAUAUCCUCGCCGAAUUGCAGAGCAUUCCAGGCGCUGAGGACAGUCUAGCGGUAUACUCUGCGCACGGAUACUCGUCAAACCCCGCUCUCCCGUUCAAGACCACAAUCUCCAAAACUUGGCAGACGGAAUGGGCGGAUCUAGACGGAAGUUGGAGAACAUCCUGGGACUAUCUCGGAAAAGAAGGAGAGGGCAUGGCUUGGGCGAACAAAAUCCAACAAGCUCUUACGCUAUCCAAUGUCUCCGGGUUUUUGUACUGGAUUGGUGCUGAGACAACAACAACGAAUUCAGCACUUAUCAGGUUGGCGAAUGAUACCGUGUCCGUGAGCUCGAGACUGUGGGCGUUUGCGCAGUUCUCGCGAUUCGUGAAGCCUGGCGCCGUGAGAGUGGGGGUUGAGAGUGGCAUAGGGUAUGUCAGGGUGAGUGCGUUCGAGAAUGUGAAUGGAGGGGUCGUGGUCAAUAUCAUCAACAACGGCCACGUUGACGUGAGGACUGACGUUGUGAUUUCGGGCUGGGACGGAACAGUAGGGAACGUGACCAGUUGGCUCACGAACAACGCAAAUAAUCUGACAGUUGGAGUGGAAUUCCGGGCAAUUGGAGGAUCUAGGGAGCCUGGAUUCAAUGGGCUGGUUCCUGCCAGAAGUAUGGUGAGCUACAUCGUGUAAAGCUGAAGCGCUUCAACGUUAC